AUGGCACGACGACUCCGCAGGCUGCGGCUGCCGGGGCCUGGCCCAGGCUGGCAGCACAGGAAAGUGCUGGCCGUUGUCAAGCCUUUGGGCUGCACAAAGAGCCCUGGGCCCAUCAGCCCUUCCCGGCCCCUGCCCUUGGCAGAUGGGAACCAGAGCGAGAAAAAGCAGCACAUUCCACGAGGCCCUCCCAGCCUGACCCGAAAAUCGCUCACAGAUGUGCCAUACCUGCUAAAGCCUGUGCUCUGUGUUACUUAUUUGCCCGCACGCGCUUUCCGGGGCCUGCGAUGCUCCCAGCCAGGGGAGACCUGCUUGAACGGCGGGAAGUGUGAAGUGGCCAGCGGCACAGAGGUCUGCGUCUGCAGUGAGGCCUUUGUGGGCCAGCGAUGCCAGGCCCCCAACCCGUGCCUCAGCACCCCAUGCAGGAAUGCCGGCACAUGCCACGUGGUGGACCGCGGCGGCUUGGUGGACUACACCUGUGUCUGCCCCCUGGGCUUCUCUGGGCCCCUCUGCCUGACGCCCCUCGACAAUGCCUGCCUCACCAACCCCUGCCGCAAUGGGGGCACCUGCGACCUUCUCACACUCACGGAGUACAAGUGCCGCUGCCCCCCAGGCUGGUCAGGAAAGUCGUGCCAGCAAGCUGAUGCAUGUGCCUCCAACCCCUGUGCCAACGGCGGCCAGUGCCUGCCCUUCGAGGCCUCGUACAUCUGCCACUGCCCAGCCGGCUUCCACGGCCCCACCUGCAGGCAGGAUGUCAACGAGUGCAGCCAGAACCCGGGGCUCUGCCGCCACGGGGGCACCUGCCACAACGAGGUCGGCUCUUACCGCUGCACCUGCCGUGCCACCCACACUGGCCCCCACUGUGAGCUGCCCUAUGUGCCCUGCAGCCCCUCACCCUGCCAGAAUGGGGGCACCUGCCGCCCCACAGGGGACACCACCCAUGAGUGUGCCUGUCUGCCAGGCUUUACUGGCCAGAACUGCGAGGAAAAUAUCGAUGACUGCCCAGGAAACAGCUGCAGGAAUGGGGGCGACUGCGUGGACGGCGUGAACACGUACAACUGCCGCUGCCCACCGGAGUGGACGGGUCAGUACUGCACAGAGGAUGUGGAUGAGUGCCAGCUCAUGCCCAACGCCUGCCAGAACGGCGGGACCUGCCACAAUACCCACGGUGGCUACAACUGCGUGUGUGUCAACGGCUGGACCGGCGAGGACUGCAGCGAGAACAUCGACGACUGUGCUAGUGCCGCCUGCUUCCACGGUGCCACCUGCCACGACCGUGUGGCCUCCUUCUACUGCGAGUGCCCCCACGGGCGCACGGGUCUGCUGUGCCACCUCGAUGACGCCUGCAUCAGCAACCCCUGCAAAGAGGGUUCCAACUGUGACACCAACCCUGUCAAUGGCAAAGCCAUCUGCACCUGCCCCUCGGGGUACACAGGGCCAGCCUGCAGCCAGGAUGUGGACGAGUGUGCACUGGGUGCCAACCCCUGUGAGCACGCGGGCAAGUGCAUCAACACACUGGGCUCCUUUGAGUGCCAGUGUCUGCAGGGCUACACGGGCCCCCGAUGUGAGAUUGAUGUCAACGAGUGCAUCUCGAACCCAUGCCAGAAUGAUGCCACCUGCCUGGACCAGAUCGGGGAGUUCCAGUGCAUCUGCAUGCCUGGCUACGAGGGCGUGUACUGCGAGGUGAACACAGAUGAGUGCGCCAGCAGCCCCUGCCUCCACGGCGGCCACUGCCUGGACAAGAUCAAUGAGUUCCUAUGCCAGUGUCCCACGGGCUUUACGGGGCACCUGUGUCAGCACGAUGUGGACGAGUGCGCCAGCACACCCUGCCGGAAUGGCGCCAAGUGCCUGGACGGGCCCAACACCUACACCUGCGUGUGCACAGAAGGCUACACAGGGACCCACUGCGAGGUGGACAUUGAUGAGUGUGACCCUGACCCCUGUCAUUACGGCUCCUGCAAGGACGGUGUCGCCGCCUUCACCUGCCUCUGCCGGCCGGGCUACACAGGCCACCACUGCGAGACCAACGUCAAUGAGUGCUACAGCCAGCCCUGCCGCCACGGGGGCACCUGCCAGGACCGUGACAACGCCUACAUCUGCUUCUGCCUGAAGGGGACCACAGGACCCAACUGUGAGAUCAACCUAGAUGACUGUACCAGCAACCCCUGUGAUGCAGGCACCUGCCUGGACAAGAUCGACGGCUAUGAGUGCGUGUGCGAGCCUGGCUACACGGGUAGCAUGUGCAGCAUCGACAUUGAUGAGUGUGCGGGCAACCCCUGCCACAACGGGGGCACCUGUGAGGACGGCAUCAACGGCUUCACCUGCCGCUGCCCCGAGGGCUACCAUGACCCCACGUGCCUGUCCGAGGUCAACGAGUGCAACAGCGACCCCUGCAUCCACGGGGCCUGCCGUGACAGCCUCAACGGGUACAAGUGUGACUGUGACUCUGGAUGGAGUGGCACAAACUGUGACAUCAACAACAAUGAGUGUGAGUCCAACCCGUGUGUCAAUGGUGGCACCUGUAAGGACAUGACCAGUGGCUACGUGUGCACCUGCCGGGAAGGCUUCAGUGGCCCCAACUGCCAGACCAACAUCAACGAGUGCGCGUCCAACCCGUGUUUGAACCAGGGCACGUGCAUCGACGACGUGGCCGGGUACAAGUGCAACUGCCCACUGCCCUACACAGGAGCCAUAUGUGAGGUGGUGCUGGCCCCGUGUGCCUCCAGCCCCUGCAGAAACAGCGGGGAGUGCAGGGAGUCUGAGGACUAUGAGAGCUUCUCCUGCGUCUGCCCCAUGGGCUGGCAAGGGCAGACCUGCGAGAUCGACAUCAAUGAGUGUGUGAAGAGCCCAUGCGGCAAUGGCGCGUCCUGCCAGAACACCGACGGGAGCUACCGCUGCCACUGCCAGGCAGGCUACACGGGGCGCACCUGUGAGACCGACAUCGAUGACUGCCGGCCUAACCCGUGUCACAACGGUGGCUCCUGCACAGACGGCAUCAACACGGCCUCCUGCGACUGCCUGCCUGGCUUCCAGGGUGCCUUCUGCGAGGAGGACAUCAACGAGUGUGCCAGCAGCCCCUGCCGCAACGGCGCCAACUGCACCGACUGCGUGAACAGCUACACGUGCACCUGCCCCACCGGCUUCAGUGGGAUCCACUGCGAGAACAAUACGCCCGACUGCACAGAGAGCUCCUGCUUCAAUGGUGGCACCUGCGUGGACGGCAUCAACUCCUUCACCUGCCUAUGUCCACCCGGCUUCACGGGCAGCUACUGCCAGCACGACGUCAACGAGUGCGACUCACAGCCUUGUUUGCAUGGUGGCACCUGCCAGGACAGCUAUGGCACCUACAAGUGCACCUGCCCCCAGGGCUACACCGGUCUCAACUGCCAGAACCUCGUGCGCUGGUGUGACUCCUCGCCCUGCAAGAACGGUGGCAAGUGCUGGCAGACCAACACCCUGUACCGCUGCGAGUGCCACAGUGGCUGGACUGGCCUUUACUGCGACGUGCCCAGUGUUUCCUGUGAGGUGGCUGCACAGAGGCAAGGUGUCGACGUUACCCACCUCUGCCAGCAUGGAGGGCUUUGUGUGAAUACAGGCAACACGCACCAUUGCCGCUGUCAGGCGGGUUACACGGGCAGCUACUGCAAGGACCUGGUGGACGAGUGCUCGCCCAGCCCUUGCCAGAACGGGGCCACCUGCACUGACUACCUGGGGGGCUACUCCUGCAAGUGUGUAGCUGGUUACCAUGGGGCAAACUGCUCCGAGGAGAUUAAUGAGUGCCUGUCCCACCCCUGCCAGAACGGGGGCACCUGCAUCGACCUCGUCAACACCUACAAGUGUUCCUGUCCCCGGGGCACGCAGGGUGUGCACUGCGAGAUCAACUUGGACGACUGUAACCCUCUGGUCGACCCCAUCUCCCGGAGCCCCAAGUGCUUUAACAACGGCACCUGUGUGGACCAGGUAGGCGGCUACAGCUGUACCUGCCCGGCCGGCUUCGUGGGUGAGCGCUGUGAGGGGGACGUCAACGAGUGCCUGUCCAAUCCCUGCGAUGCCCGCGGCACCCAGAACUGUGUGCAGCGCGUCAACGACUUCCACUGCGAGUGCCGUGCAGGCCACACCGGGCGCCGCUGCGAGUCAGUCAUCGACGGCUGCAAGGGCAAGCCUUGCAGAAACGGGGGCACCUGCGCCGUGGCAGCCAACACCGCCCGUGGAUUCAUCUGCAAGUGCCCAGCGGGCUUUGAGGGUGCCACGUGCGAGAAUGACGCGCGCACCUGCGGCAGCCUGCGCUGCCUCAACGGCGGCACGUGCAUCUCGGGCCCACGCAGCCCCACCUGCCUGUGCCUGGGCUCCUUCACAGGCCCCGAGUGCCAGUUCCCCACCAGCAGCCCCUGCGUGGGUGGCAACCCCUGCUACAACCAGGGCAGCUGUGAGCCCACGUCUGAGAGCCCCUUCUACCGCUGCCUGUGCCCUGCCAAGUUCAACGGGCUCCUGUGCCACAUCCUGGAUUACAGCUUUGGGGGCGGCGCUGGGCGUGACAUCCCCCCACCGCAGAUCGAAGAGGCCUGCGAGCUGCCCGAGUGCCGAGAGGACGCGGGCAACAAGGUCUGCAGCCUGCAGUGCAAUAACCACGCGUGCGGCUGGGAUGGUGGCGACUGCUCCCUCAACUUCAACGAUCCCUGGAAGAACUGCACGCAGUCGCUGCAGUGCUGGAAGUACUUCAGCGACGGCCGCUGCGACAGCCAGUGCAACACAGCCGGCUGCCUCUUCGACGGCUUUGAUUGCCAGCGCAUGGAGAGCCAGUGCAACCCCCUGUACGACCAGUACUGCAAGGACCACUUCAGCGAUGGGCACUGCGACCAGGGCUGCAACAGCGCUGAGUGCGAGUGGGAUGGGCUGGACUGCGCGGAGCACGUGCCGGAGCGGCUGGCGGCCGGCACGCUGGUGGUGGUGGUGCUGAUGCCACCCGAGCAGCUGCGCAACAACUCCUACCACUUCCUGCGCGAGCUCAGCCGCGUCCUGCACACCAACGUGGUCUUCAAGCGCGAUGCUCAGGGCCAGCAGAUGAUCUUCCCCUACUACGGCCGUGAGGAGGAGCUGCGCAAGCACCCCAUCAGACGUGCUGCCGAGGGCUGGGCCACGCCCGGCUCCCUGCUCAGCCAGGUGAAGGCCUCGCUGCUCCCCAGAAGCGGGAGUGGGCGCCGGCGCAGGGAGCUGGACCCCAUGGACAUCCGCGGGCAGUACUCUCCCCUUUUUAUAGUGAAAGAGACAGAUUUUGAGAGGACCUGGGACUUAAGGGCCUGCAUGGGUGAGACGGUGGAGCCCCCGCGGCCCUCGCAGCUGCACUUCAUGUACGUGGCCGCGGCCGCCCUCGUGCUGCUGCUGUUCGCGGGCUGCGGGGUGCUGCUGUCCCGCAAGCGCCGGCGGCAGCAUGGCCAGCUCUGGUUCCCCGAGGGCUUCAAGGUGUCGGAGGCCAGCAAGAAGAAGCGGCGAGAGCCCCUCGGCGAGGACUCUGUGGGUCUCAAGCCCCUGAAGAAUACCUCGGAUGGCGCCCUCAUGGACGACAACCAGAAUGAGUGGGGGGACGAGGAUCUGGAGACCAAGAAGUUCCGGUUCGAGGAGCCAGUGGUGCUUCCCAACCUGGAUGACCAGACCGACCACCGGCAGUGGACCCAGCAGCACCUGGACGCCGCUGACCUGCGCGUGUCUGCUAUGGCCCCCACGCCACCCCAGGGUGAGGUGGAUGCCGACUGCAUGGAUGUCAACGUCCGUGGGCCUGAUGGCUUCACACCCCUCAUGAUAGCCUCCUGCAGCGGAGGGGGCCUGGAGACGGGUGACAGCGAGGAGGAGGAGGACGCGCCAGCUGUCAUCUCAGACUUCAUCUACCAGGGUGCCAGCCUGCACAACCAGACAGACCGCACUGGCGAGACGGCCUUGCACCUGGCCGCCCGCUACUCACGCUCUGAUGCCGCCAAGCGCCUGCUGGAGGCCAGCGCUGAUGCCAACAUCCAGGAUAACAUGGGACGCACCCCACUGCAUGCUGCCGUGUCAGCUGAUGCACAGGGCGUCUUCCAGAUCCUGAUCCGGAACCGAGCCACAGACCUGGACGCCCGCAUGCACGACGGCACGACACCGCUGAUCCUGGCCGCCCGCCUGGCUGUGGAGGGCAUGCUGGAAGACCUCAUUAAUUCACACGCCGAUGUCAACGCCGUGGACGAUCUGGGCAAGUCAGCCCUGCACUGGGCCGCCGCCGUGAACAACGUGGACGCAGCAGUCGUGCUUCUGAAGAAUGGGGCCAACAAGGACAUGCAGAACAACAAGGAGGAGACGCCCUUAUUUCUGGCCGCCCGGGAGGGCAGCUACGAGACCGCCAAGGUACUGCUGGAUCACUUUGCCAACCGUGACAUCACGGACCACAUGGACCGCCUGCCACGCGACAUUGCACAGGAACGCAUGCACCAUGACAUCGUGAGGCUGCUGGAUGAGCACAACCUGGUACGCAGCCCCCAGCUGCAUGGCGCCCCCCUGGGCGGCGCGCCCACCCUGUCGCCACCACUCUGUUCCCCCAAUGGCUACCUGGGCAACCUCAAGCCUGCCAUGCAGGGCAAGAAGGCCCGUAAGCCCAGCACCAGAGGACUGGCCUGUGGUGGAAAGGAGGCCAAGGACCUCAAGGCGCGGAGGAAGAAGUCCCAGGACGGCAAGGGUUGCCUGCUGGACAGCUCAAGCAUGCUGUCGCCUGUGGACUCCCUUGAGUCACCCCACGGCUACUUGUCGGACGUGGCCUCACCGCCCCUCCUGCCUUCCCCAUUCCAGCAGUCUCCGUCCAUGCCUCUCAACCACCUGCCCGGCAUGCCCGACACCCACCUGGGCCUCAGCCACCUGAACGUGGCAGCCAAGCCUGAGAUGGCAGCGCUGGGUGGGGGUGGCCGGCUGACCUUCGAGGCCGCCCCCCCACGCCUCUCCCAUCUUCCUGUGGCUUCCAGCACCAGCACGGUCCUUGGUGGCAGCGGCAGCGGGGGUGCUGUAAAUUUCACCACGGGCGGGGCCACGAGCUUGAACGGCCAGUGUGAGUGGCUGUCCCGGCUGCAGAAUGGCAUGGUGCCAAACCAGUACAACCCACUGCGAGGGAGUGUGGUGCCCGGCACGCUGAGCACACAGGCCCCUGCCCUCCAGCAUGGCAUGAUGGGCCCACUGCAUGGCAGCCUCUCUGCCAACACCCUGUCACAGAUGAUGAGCUACCAGGGCCUGCCCAGCACGCGGCUGACCACCCAGCCUCACCUGGUGCAGACCCAGCAGGUGCCACAGCAAAACUUGCAGAUGCCGCAGCAGAACCUGCAGCCGCCGAGCAUCCAGCCACAGCAGAACCUGCAGCCGCCGCAGCCGCACCUGGGUGUGAGCUCAUCUGGUGCUGGCCCCCUGGGCCGGAGCUUCCUGGGUGGGGAGCCGAGCCAGGCAGACGUGCAGUCGCUAGGGCCCAGCAGCAUGGCAGUGCACACCGUCCUGCCCCCGGAGGGCCAGGCCCUGCCAACGUCACUGCCAUCCUCCCUGGUCCCGCCCGUGACCGCCGCCCAGUUCCUGACCCCGCCGUCUCAGCACAGCUACUCCUCCUCGCCUGUGGACAACACCCCAAGCCACCAGCUGCAGGUGCCAGAGCACCCCUUCCUCACCCCAUCCCCCGAGUCCCCCGACCAGUGGUCCAGCUCGUCCCCACACUCCAACAUCUCCGACUGGUCCGAGGGCAUCUCCAGCCCGCCCACCAGCAUGCAGCCCCAGAUCGCCCACAUUCCGGAGGCCUUCAAGUAAACAGCCGCCGCCCCGUGGGACCCCAGCUUCCUUUCCCAAGCCCUGCGGGAGCUUGCAGCGCUCCAGAUGCCAGCUGACCAAAGGAGCCUUUUCUGAAAAACAUGUUUUUAUACAAAAUAAGAGAACAAGGAUUUUAAUUUUUUUUUUAAGUAUUUAUUUAUGUACUUUUAUUUUACACUGAAACACCGCCUUUUUAUUUAUAUGUACUGUUUCUGUGGCGUCAGGUAAAAACUUUUAUCUGUUCCAAGAAAAUAAACCAAUUUUCAGCAUCAUGAUUUUCCUGCUUAGGAUAAAGAUUCUUAUGCUUUGUAAAAUAUAAACAAAGAUUCAUGAUUUAUAAAUGCCAUUUAUUUAUUUUUUUUUCAAAUCCAAAAAGAAAUGAUGUCAGAGAAGGGAGAUUUGAACCAAAAAACUCCUGGGGCGCCUGGGCCCACCGCCGUCUCCCCAGAUGCCCCUCGUGCCCGACCCCGGACCGCUCCUCCCAGGCAUCACCUGUAUUUUAUGAAAAGAUGUAUCUAGAGACAGAGCCAAAACCUUUACACCUUUGGCACCUGGGUUAUUUGCAUCUAAAAUAGGAAUCUUAAGUAAAAUGAUGUUUAUCUGU